AUGGUGGAGAUCAAUUUUCUCUGCGUGCAUAAGAAGCUGCGAUCGAAGCGCUUGGCCCCAGUCCUCAUCAAGGAGAUCACGCGCCGGGUGAACCGGGAGAAUGUCUGGCAGGCAGUCUACACGGCGGGAGUGGUGCUUCCCCGGCCGGUCAGCCAGUGCCGCUACUGGCACCGUUCCCUGAACCCGAAGAAGCUCAUCGAAGUGGGGUUUUCCCACUUGGGCCAGCGCAUGACGAUGGCCAGGACAAUCAAGCUAUACAAGGUGCCAGACACACCGCAGCUGGCGGGCAUGCGGGAGAUGCGUAAGGAGGAUGUUCCACGAGUCCACGGCCUCGUCACGAACUAUCUGCAGAAGUUCUCGUUGCAUCCAGAGUUCACUCCGGAUGAGGUGGAGCACUGGAUGCUGCCGAAGGAAGGCGUGGUGUCCUGUUGGGUGCGUGAGAAUGAGAAGGGCGAGGUCACCGACGUCUUUUCGUUCUAUAGCCUGCCAUCUUCGAUCCUAGGCAACCCGAAGCACAACAUGCUCAGAGCAGCCUACUCAUAUUGGAACGUGGCCACCACGGUGCCGCUGCAGGAUUUGAUGCUGGAUGCUCUCAGCGUAGCAAAACAGCAGGGGUUUGAUGUCUUCAAUGCCCUGGACAUUAUGGACAACGAGUCUUUCUUGAAGGACUGCUGGUCGGUGACAUUUCAGGUCGAAGACAGCUGGGGCUCUGAUAGUCACGGGCCACUGCACUUCUGA